AGGGGCGCGCUCUCGCGCCGGCGCGCAUCCCCCCUCGGCUGCACCGGGGCCCCGCGCGCGAGGCCCCGGCAUGAGCUGCGGCCGCCGGCAUUGCACGCGCGCCGCGCGCGGGGGCGCCCUGCUCUGCCGCUGCGGCGCGGGGUACUGCUCCGAGGCGUGCUUCGUGUCCGACUGGCACACGGACCAUGGUGCCUCGUGCCCCUGCGGCGAGGAGAGCCGCGCGGGGAUCCCGAGGCCAGGGUGUUCGCUUACGGGAAGAGCGGCACCGCCCUGCUGGUCGGCGCGGCCUUGUCCAAGGGGCGCCGGGCCCCGCGUCCCCAGGUCGGAAGGUUUGUAAAGACCAAGCAUGAGGACGCCGAUAGAUCCAAUUGCAUCGCGCCAUCCGCGGAACUGCUGAUUUGCUGACCAAAGCUGCGAUUCUACGGGGAACGAGGGGUCUUCCCAGCCGACGUGACGAUCGCCGACUUUGUCCCGAUUUCGAAAGUUUCGACGGGAUUCUUUCGACCUGGGGCCCCGAUCCGAUGCUGGCCCCUGCUGCACUGGACUGGCCCUGUCCACUUCUGCAUUUUAUUCAGCUCAAAGGGCGGAUGGCUGAUCCGUUCUGACGACGGGCUCUCGCCCGAGUGGCAUGCGCGGGGGCUCGCUGUGCAAGGAUGGCGUCUCUCGUGGUGCAGAA